GUGAUACUACCCCACUAGAUUGCCCGCUGGGUCUUACCUGUAGUGCAGUCAAGCUGUCAAGCUUGUCAGAGACAAAGACAGAGAAAGAGAGAGAGAGAGAGAGGUGUUGCCGCUGCCGAAUUGCCUGCCAUCCUCCCCCAUACCAGUAGUACUGCUGUAGCAAUAGCCAUAAGCAGACUGACGAGAAAGCACGACCUCGAGGCGCAGCUCAAGCGGCUCAAGUUUCAGGGUUGCGUUUCUGUUGCGUACUUUACUCCGUACACUACUUUUGGCAUUCUUUCCCCCUGGGAAACUCCAGCGAUUCAGCAUCUACAAGUUCUUUCGGCUGUUCUUCUGGCGUCUGGCUGUCCUCUCCUGUCCUGUCCUGUCUUGUCUGUUUAAUCAUUGCUUGAUAUUCAUCGUUUCCUGUAUCAUACCCGUACCGAUACCCCAAUAACCCCCCGAUUCUGACAGCAAUCAUGGCUGGUCGCUUCGUGAGAGCCUCCAAAUACCGCCACGUCUUUGGCAAGCCGACAAAGAAGGAGUCAUGCUACGACAACAUUCGCAUUAGUCGCAAUGCCUGGGAUACCAACCUGGUCAAGGCCAACCCCGAGUACAUCUCCGUCAACUGGGAGGCGAGCGGUGGAGGUGCCUUUGCAGUCAUCCCAUUGAACGAGACGGGCAAGCUCCCCGACAAUCUCCCUCUGUUUCGUGGCCAUACCUCGGCCGUCCUCGAUACCGACUGGAACCCUUUCAACAACCACGUUAUCGCGUCGGCUUCCGAUGAUGCCAAGGUCAUGAUUUGGGAGGUUCCCAAUGCUUUCACCCUCUUCUCUGACGCUGAAGAGCCCGCCGAUGUGUCCCCUGUCGCCAAGUUCACCGGCCACUCGAGAAAAGUUGGACAAGUCCUCUGGAACCCCGCUGCAGAGAACAUCUUGGCCUCGGCCUCCGGCGACCUGACCAUCAAGGUAUGGGAUGUAUCAACUGGUCAAGCGGCGCUGUCUCUGAAGCACGCCGAUAUUGUCCAGUCGCUGUCUUGGAACGCCGCUGGUACCAUGAUGGUUACCACGGCUAGAGACAAGAAGCUGCGCGUAUGGGAUGUCCGACAGGAGAAGCCCGUCUCUGAGCACCAAGGCCACGAAGGUGCCAAGAACAGCCGAGCAGUCUGGCUGGGCGAGCACAACCGUAUCGCCACCACAGGUUUCUCGAGAAUGAGCGAUCGCCAAUUGGCACUUUGGGAGCCCGGCAACACCUCACCUAUCGGCGGUUUCACUACCCUCGAUAGCAUCUCUGGUGUUUGCAUGCCUUUCUGGGACGAUAGCUGUAGCUGCUUAUACCUAGCUGGAAAGGGUGAUGGAAAUAUCCGCUACUUCGAGUAUGAAAACGACAAGUUCGAGUUCUUGUCUGAGUACAAGUCCGCCGACCCUCAAAGGGGUAUCGCUUUCUUGCCCAAGCGCGGUGUGAAUGUGCAUGAAAACGAGGUCAUGAGAGCUUUCAAGACGGUCAACGACGCUUAUAUUGAGCCUAUCUCUUUCACUGUCCCUCGUCGUGCUGAAACCUUCCAAUCAGACAUCUUCCCUCCCGCCACCGGUGGUAAACCUGGUCUCAGCGCUCAGGACUGGCUCUCUGGAAAAUCCGCCCUUCCUCCCAAGAUCGACUUUGAGAGCAUCUACGAGGGAAAUGCUCCCGUCGAGGUCCCAUCCGACUACAAGCCUCCUGCUGCUACCCAUGCGCCCGCUCCAGCACCCGUUGCCAAGCCCGCCCCCAAAAAGGAGCCUGAGCCCGCACCUGCUGCUGUGAGAUCGCCUCCCCCAACCUUCAAGGACCAGAAACAGUCUAUGGCUGCAGCCGCGUCCAAGUUCGAAGACGAUGAGGAAGAGGAGGAGGAUGAUGGAUCGAGCUUUGAGGAGAUCUCAAAGCCCAUUCAGCGAAGUUCCGUGCCCGCCGCUGCGCAGGCGCAAAGCAAGGCUCCGGCACCUACAAAGACUACUUCUGCGCCUGCCCCCAGAGCCGCGUCCCCUCCCAUCAAGUCACCAACUUACGCAUCUACGCCUGUCGCGGCACCAACUACAUCAACUAAAGCAGCCCCUGACAAUGCUUCAGGUGGAGUGGAGUCUAGCCUUGGUGAGAUCAAGCAGCUCUUGGAGAAGCAGACCAAGAUGAUCUUGUCGCAAGGUCAGCAGAUUAUACAAUUGACAUCUGAGGUGGAAGGGUUGAAGAAGCGCGUGGGCUCUGGCUCGCCAGAUCAGAGCGAGCGCAUCAGGCAGCUAGAGCUGGAGAUUGAGUCCCUCAAAUCUUAGGUGCGAUGUUUCUAAGCAGGAAUCAAUGCUUUUUCAGUUCCACUGUGGGCGGUUCAAGUCUUAGUAUAGUAGUUUAUCGAAAGACGAGAUAGUCUGUGUAUUGAUGGACAGAUGAUCAUGUUGAUUGCAGGGGUGGGCUUUUUUUUUAAUGUGUAUCUUUAGGUUAGUCCGAAAAGGUGACCAAAAAGUUUAGAAUUGCUGGAUAAUGGCGAGAAUCGACAACUUUCUUGCGACCUCAAAUACCUUUGUGCAUAUCUCAGGCUUGGGACCGCCAUUGCGAUAGUGGCUUAGCAUCAUAAAGAAAUUGGCAGGCUUAACAUGAAGAACGCCGCGCCCGAAAUAUCCAAG